AUGCACCUAAAGGCCGUUGGGAUGUACUGCACUCUGACGCUCUUGAGCUGGAGCUUUGCUCAAGGGUGCACCUGGAUGCAGCCUCGAGAAAAAGGCUCUCAAAGCAAUUUCAAAGUGAUCAGCUAUCACUCCAUACAACUGCUUGAACAGAUGGGCGAUGGAAAUACACAACGAAAAACCAGUGCUCAAGUCCUGAACAGGCUCUACGAACAUUCUGAAAAUAUGCAGGCUGAAGAACGCGUCUUCUUCAUCCACGAAGUCAUAAACAAUAUAAAAGAGCUCUUUAUUAAUGGCAAAUGUGACACUGUUACUUGGGACAAAAAAAACUUUCAGAUGUUCCAACUCAACCUCGAUCGUCAGGCUUCGGAGCUGAAACAAUGCAUAAGGACACCCAAGUCCCGGGGAUCUCACGCAAGUUCGUUUAAGAAAAUAAAAACAUAUUUCAAGAGAAUGCUCCUGGAAAGCAAGAACUACAGCACUGAUGACUGGGAGGCAGUCAGAGCCGAAGUCCUCACACAUUUACGAAGACUUGAUAUCCUGGCCAGCAUGGAAAAAGAGUUCUGGAGAUCUCUUAAGGCAGAGCUUCAGUUAUCAGAACUUUUGUUACAUUUGGGCUCAGAGGCGACCCUGCUGGGCGAUGGAAAUACACAACGAAAAACCAGUGCUCAAGUCCUGAACAGGCUCUACGAACAUUCUGAAAAUAUGCAGGCUGAAGAACGCGUCUUCUUCAUCCACGAAGUCAUAAACAAUAUAAAAGAGCUCUUUAUUAAUGGCAAAUGUGACUCUGUUACUUGGGACCAAAAAAACUUUCAGAUGUUCCAACUCAACCUCGAUCGUCAGGCUUCGGAGCUGAAACAAUGCAACUACAGCACUGAUGACUGGGAGGCAGUCAGAGCCGAAGUCCUCACACAUUUACGAAGACUUGAUAUCCUGGCCAGCAUGGAAAAAUAG